CUUCACCAUUUCCCCCCUCGUUCUUUCUCUAUGCUUUAAACCUUUUUUUUUUUCCAAAAGGUUCACCUACUUUUUGCAUUUUAAUCAAUUUGGUGUCAGUUUCAUUGGCAAGAAUAUCAUAAAGUUGUGAUCUUUAUUCAAUUUGCAAUAUCAAGAAUGGAUUUUUAUUACUGGGGUUCUUGUUCCUGAUGCAAUGACAUUGAUUUCUUUGUUGGUUUUUGGUUUUUUCUGUUUAAAUGGUUUGUGGGAUUUUGGCCAUGAAGCAGAACUUGGUGUUUAAUUAAGGGUUGGUUUUGAAUGAUUUUGCACUAAUUGGGAGGCUUUAAGGAAAUCUUGAAUGUGCAUAGUAAAGUUCAGUUCAGUGUUUUAGGAAGUUCAGUCUUUUUAUGCCAUUUAUCCAAGGCUGCAACUUUUACUGGUUUUCAUGUUGUGAAGACCACCUUUAAUGUUUAGCACAAAGAGCUGUGACUUUGAUCCCCUUUCCUUUGAGAUUUAAAUAACUGUUUAAAGGGGAUUUAUUGUUUUUGGAGUUCUGAAAAAAGAAAUAAAUGUAUGGAUCGAAGGGAAGGUAUGAUGUUACCUGGUUCCGCUCCUUACUAUAUGCAAAGAGGGAUGAGUGGGAAUGCCCCUGGUUUACAGGGAUCACCAAGCAUUAAUCCUUCAUUACCUACUGCCAAUAUUCCCUUUCAAUCUAGUAGUAGUGGCUCUUCGAUUCCACAAACACUAGUAGUGGAUCCUUCUUCGACGAUAUCCCCUAGAGGUAGUAUUGGUGCAUCAUCAGCAUUGCCACAAGGUGAGCCUGUGCGCAGAAAGAGGGGUAGGCCUCGGAAGUAUGGAGCUCAAGGGGCGACGUCAUUGGGAUUGACUCCACCUCCGUCUACUCAGGCGAUGACAUUAAUUCCAACUCAGAAGAGGGGUAGAGGAAGGCCACCAGGGACUGGACGAAAGCAGCAACUUGCGUCUUUUGGUGGAUGGUUGUCCAAUACAGCUGGAAUUGGUUUUACCCCGCAUGUCAUCAUGAUUGCCGUAGGCGAAGACAUCACAACAAAAAUAAUGUCAUUUUCGCAACAAGGGCCUAGAUCAAUAUGUAUUUUAUCAGCAAAUGGUGUCAUCUCCACUGUAACUCUUCGUCAGCCAUCAACUUCUGGUGGCACUGUUACAUAUGAGGGACGGUUUGAGAUAUUAUGUCUAUCGGGCUCUUUCUUGGUCAGCGAUAAUAGUGGAUCUCGGGGUAGGAAUGGUAGCCUUAGUGUUACUCUUGCUAAUCCAGAUGGUCGCGUGAUAGGUGGUGGAGUUGGAGGUCUUCUAAUUGCAGCAAGUCCGAUUCAGGUAAUAGUGGGAAGCUUUUUAUGCUCAAGUUCGAAGGCAAAGAAAAGAGCUGCAGAAAGUGUACAAAGCGCAGGAACUUCAGAUCUUCAAACCACUGGCAAUUCUGUAAAUCCAGCUGAUGCUCUAUCGAACCAGAAUCUUACACCAUCCUCUUCAAUGGGAGUAUGGCCUAGUUCAAGGCAGAUGGAUCUACAAACAGGCCAUAUUGACAUUGAUUUGAUGCGAGGAUGACUACUUCAUAUGUAGGUAGACGAGUGAGCACUGUAUAUAUUAUGUUCUGAUUUCUCCAGUCCUACCAUCUUGACAUGAGACAUGUUAUUAUAACCAUCAGCAGCACCUUAGAUUGUAGUGAUAUAGGAGUUUUUUUUGCAGUUAACUUGAAUCUGCCUUUCUACUUUAGUAGUAGUUCAAUUCAUGCUGGAGGCUUCAGCCAGCGCGUGUAACAUAUUGUGGUUUGUCUUCUAGAAACAGACUGUUCCAUGAAAUUGGCGAAUUUUUUCUUGAUCUUGUGGUGGAAGACAUACUUCUAUUAUUUCUUGUUUUCA